GGGGAAUCCAUCAAUGUGGUCUGAGCCGUGGUUACCAGAUGAGAUUAAUCCUAAGGUUGAAACCGCCCCUGGAAUGGGUAUUCACAAUAGUAGGGUGGUGAAUCUUUUUUGCACAUCUCAGAAGAGCUGGGAUUCAGACCUUAUAUGUGAUAUUUUCGAAUCAAGGGAUGCUAGGCUUAUACAAAGCAUUCCUCUCAGUUUGAGAUCGGUUCCAGACAGGGUUUGUUGGCGGUGGGAGGCGAACGGGCGUUUCUCUGUCCGAAGCUGUUACCAAAAGUUGGUCGGGGAGUUCGAACAAGAGGGAUGGAUCGACUGGACUUCUAUGUGGAACUGGAAAUUACCCCCCAAAAUCAAAAAAAAAAAUUCUGGCAGGUUUGUUGUGGUCUUCUUCCGACAAGAUUGAAUCUUCGUAAUAGGAAGGUGGAUUGUGUGGUGGCGUGUGGACUCUGUGAUAAUGAGGAGGAGUCGUUGUUCCAUUUGUUCAUUGAUUGUCCGGUGGCUAAGGAGGCUUGGAAGGGGGUGGAUUGGGUUUGGUCUCAAAAUAGCGCCAGGGACUUUUAUUCGCAGCUACAGGUCGAGUUUAAGUCAAGGCAGAAUGAUGACUUGAGAAAACUCGUUUGGGGCUGUUGGGGGUUGUGGACUGAGAGAAAUGUCAGGGUGUGGCAAGGGGUUUGUAUGGAGCCAAAGUUUAUUCUCUUGAAAACCAAAAUUUAUUUUGCAGGUUGGGAACAAGCUCAAAAAGCUGCUGCAGUUCAAGUCAAUCAAGGGAGUACAAACUCUUCACUUUGGAGAAGGCCACAUCAGAGACGGGUCAAGCUUAAUGUGGACGCAGCAGUGCGGGAUUAUCAUUGUGGCCUGGGCUGGAUUCUUCGAAACGAGGCAGGAGAUUUUAUCGCGGGAGCUGCGAAGACAUGGCAGGGGAAAUUAUCCCCCUGGGAGGCUGAACUGGUUGGCAUUCGGGAAGCUCUAAGCUGGGUCAAGGAACAAGGAUGGGAGCGGGUGGACGUGGAAUCGGAUGCUUCUCGAGCCAUUGCGGAGAUUAAGAAUGGCUCUUGCAUUUCUACUGCAGGAGUGAUAGCAGAUGAUGUCAGAGAUUUAUGCUCAAGGAUGACAGAUAUUUCCUUUUGUUUUGUUAGACGAUCUGCGAACAGGGCGGCUCAUGGCUUUGCUCAAGUCGCCUGUUCAAUGUCUGGAUGUCGGAUCUGGAUGGGAGUUCCUCCUACUUUCAUUAUUCAUGUACUAAACAGUGAUUUGAUUAAUAUUAAUUAAGUUUGUUUCUUUCAACAACAAAAAAAU